GCAAAGGCGCAAUGGAUACUCCAUUGAGUGGUCGAUUUUUCUCGGUCUACUCCAACAGCCUGGUAUUUCUCCGAUUUUAAAGGAAAGUAUGAAAAGCUUGUAAUACUUGCCUUUGAGAUACUGCGGUUCUUCCGGUUUGGCGGUCCAGAAGAACGUUUCGCGAAGGUUCUGCAUUUUCGCCGCGGCCACGUGUUUCCAACUUGUGACAAUUUAUACGAUUUUGUUAAAAGGCCAAAGUAAUAUUUGGCUGGAAAUGCUUUUUUAAUGAAGCCGCCGAAUUUUUUGGUUUCCUUGGUUUUUCAAGACAAAUCUGAGGUUAACGGAUGCACACGUCUUUAUACCUUUCUUAUUCGGAAGGUUCUAAAAUUGUCAUUGAAUCCAUUGACUCUUUGUUAAAAGUAUGGAAUAUUAAGCCAUAAUGACAGAGUUUGUAGACGGAUGGAUUCUUGGCCACACUUUGGGGGAAGGUGCUUAUGGAGAAGUUAAGCUUGUUAUAAACAAAACUACCCGUGAAGCUGUUGCUAUGAAAAUGAUAGAUUUAGUUAAGCAUCCAGACGCUCGGCUAAGCGUCCGUAAAGAGACCGUAAUACAUAGGAUGUUGUCGAAUCCUAAUAUUAUUCAAUACUUUGGGCAACGUAGCGAGCUUACCAUGGAAUACAUAUUUUUGGAGUAUGCAUCGGGUGGAGAACUAUUUGAUCGAAUCGAACCUGAUGUAGGAAUGCCUACCUGGGAAGCACAAAAGUAUUUCAAACAAUUAAUAUCUGCCGUUGAAUACCUUCAUGGCAGAGGUGUAGCGCAUAGGGAUCUUAAGCCAGAGAACUUACUUUUAGAUGAGAAUGAUAAUUUAAAAGUAACAGAUUUUGGACUGGCAACGAUAUAUAGGUUACAGGGCAAAGAGCGUUGUUUGGAUAAAAGAUGUGGAACAUUGCCAUACGUAGCUCCUGAAGUUCUUACAAGGCCGUAUCAUGCCGAACCAGCUGAUAUAUGGUCUUGUGGCAUCGUACUCGUAGCAUUGUUAGCUGGAGAGCUGCCUUGGGAUCAGUCCUCGGCAGAGUGUCCAGAGUAUGUUGCAUGGAGAGAAGGAAAGUACGCAUCUUUAACGCCAUGGAAGAAAUUGAAAGACUCCUCCUUGGCACUGAUUGGAAGGAUUUUGGUCCACUUACCGUCAUCUAGGUACACGAUAACGGAUAUUAAGCAACACCCUUGGUUCCUCAAAAAGCUGCAGAAAGUGGACGGCCUAGCAGGACGUGAUCAAAUCGAUGGAUUCGAUUUGAAGAGAAUGCAUUAUGACCACCAAGAUUUGAAGAGAUUGUGUCUAUCGCAACCUGAGUUGCCUGGAAUGGAAAAUAUUAAUUAUCAACGGAUCAAUUUUGUAGAGCGACCAGCCUUUUGUUUUUCGCAACCUGCUCAUAUGGAAGAUCUUUUACUUUCUUCGCAAUUGCAUGCUACGCAACAUACUCAAUCGACUCAGAAUAAUUUCCAAAAAUUAGUUCGUCGAAUGACUAGAUUCUUUGUGAAAACCGAAUGUGAGAUGACAUUGAAGAAACUAAUAAAUUGCUUGAAACGUCAAAGCUACGCUUAUAAAAUCAACGACUUUGGUAUUAUUACCGUAUCAACCGUAGAUCGUAGGAAAAUGCCAUUGGUAUUUAAAGUUAACAUCGUUGAAAUGGACGGAAAGAUAUUGGUUGAUUUUAGACUAUCCAAGGGAUGUGGUUUAGAGUUUAAAAGACGAUUUGUAAAAAUCAAGAGUAACCUCGAUGAUAUUGUUUUAAAGGGACCUGUUAUGUGACGUAUCGGUAUUCCGAUUAGAUUUGUAAUUUGUUAUAUUGCUACAAUUUGUAAUUAUUCCUUAACAAAUAUACAUUUUAUGUAUCCUGAACGUUGGGGUGUUUGUUGUAAAUAGUUGUAUUGCUGUAAGGAAUUGACAGGUAUGUUAUAAAUAUUAUAUCAAACAGGUUUACCUUAUAAAAUAAAGGAAUUUAUAUAUUUUUUUAA